AUGGCUGCUAAGUUUCCUGAUGAAUCACAACCUGUUUCUCGAUUCUCUGAUUUUACUUCAGAACCAACAGAAACGCUUCCACCUAUCCAAGGCUAUGAAACUAGGCCUCUUGUUUCUCUGGAAGAAGCUAUCCAUCCUCUCAUUCCACUUGUUCCUGAAGUUGAACGCAUGGCUUGGAUAGUAAAACAAAAUCAUUUCGAUGGAGAACAUGGUUUAACUAAUGAUGAAGCAGCCUCCAUCUUACUUUAUACAAUAGAAUGGGAGCCAAAACAUAAAUCAUUUUAUAUUAUCCUUAAUAAUACUUUACGAGCAGCUGAUCGACAGUUAUUGAAGCCAUGGUUUCUUUAUCUUCGCCUCAUUAUGACAUCGUUAGCCAAGCUUCCAUCGGAUUCUAAUCGUCUCACGGUAUAUCGUGGGGUCAAACUUGAUUUAAGUGCACAAUAUCCAAAAGGAAGUACAGUCACUUGGUGGGGCUUUUCAUCGUGUACAACAUCUGUCGAUGUUUUAAGCAAUGAGCAAUUUCUAGGCAAUGGCCUUCACAUAAUACAACUCAAAGAAAUCCAACCCAAAUUUCCACUCAUCAAUCCUGUACCACAACCUCCGUUACAUCCACCAACAUCGCCUAUGCCUAAUCCAACAUCACUUCAAAAUCCGCCGAACCUGCUUAAGCCACAUGAAUGUAAUGAUCCUUCUCUACAGAAGUACAUUGACGCAAUGUAUCUCGACCAAGUAAUUCUUACAUUCAAAUACACUUUUCCUCAUCAAUCGUGCCACUCUAAAUCAAACUUCUACCAAUCGUAA